GUGCUGAGUGUGAAUGCCAAACUGAACCAGUGCUAGAAACAAGAGAUGCAGGAUGUCAGACAGAUAUUACUGGAAUGAUGAUGGAGAGAAUACUGAGAGAAGGAAAGGAGGCUCAAGAAGACUUAGAAAAAAUUCGUCUAAGUGAAAAUGUAUUACAGAAUGAUCAGAAGUUACUGAAAUUCUACACUGGUUUACAUGAGUGGUCUGUGUUCAUGGCCUUGUUUAAUUUAAUUCAGGCUGCAUUGCCUCGUGGGAUAAAGUUGUCUCAGUUUCACAUGGUUAUCAUGUUUUUGAUGAAAUUGAGACUGCACUUAGAAGAUGAAGAUUUAGCUCAGAGAUAUAGCAUAGCCUCUUCCACAGUUUCCAGGAAUUUCAAUAGAAUUUUAGAAAUAAUGUACAUAAAAACCAAGCCCUUAAUUAAGUGGCCUGAGAGGGAAGUACUACGAUCAACCAUUCCGUAUUCAUUUAGGAAAUUUUUUAAGAACUGUGCACUUAUAGUAGAUUGCACGGAAGUGUUCAUUGAAAACCCCAGUGACUUGCAAGCAAAAGCACAAGUGUGGAGCAAUUAAUUACAAGCAGGAGGUAAGCUAGCUGCAUAUUCUGAUAAAAGAACCAUUGUAGCGCUACACCCACAUGCUAAUUAUCGCGCUCUCAGACACCCAACAUGGCGGAUAGCAACGGUUGUCAAGGAAGUGCAUCAAUUAAUUGACUCGCGCAGAACCUC